AUGCAAGAUUAUAAGUAUCCAAAGAUUGACGCCAAGCAUUUUCAUUAUCACAAUGAUGGGACUGGAAGGGAUCAGUAUGUAAAACAUACAAAUGGUGGUCUUAUGUCUUAAAAAAUGCUUAGCUCGCUCGAUUUGUCUCCGAAGGCUGAUUUCACAAAGAUGAUAUUUCCAAAGAGUGCAACUAAUUCUCGAAGCAGGGGAUUGCUUCCUCCUUAACAUUAAAGAAUUCAACAUUAUUUUGGGGAUGGAAAAGGACGAGAUUAUUUCGUAACGAUUAAUGAUGGUGGAUAAGUGUAAUUAAAGAGUUGGAAAGAUCAUCCGGAUUCAGCAUUCCCUGCUCAAUUACGAUAGUAUGGAAGAGAAUACUCUCAGCCUGACUGUGUUAAGUACAUGAUGUCAAACAACACAAAAUUAUAAUAAUUAACCCAAACGAUGAAGUUAAGACAGAGUGACUUCACAAAGCAUAUCAGUGCCCCUAAGAAACAAUCGAGUCCAUAAUUAUAGAGUUUUAUGCCGGAUCUGAACGAAGGGGGAAAAUACCAGACAUACCAAUAACUGAAGUACUAGAGUAAGGCAUGUUCUUUUGCAGAAUGA